AGACUCAGGGUAGGAAUGGCGGCUCAAAUUCCAAUUGUGGCCACCACUGCCGUCCCGGGGGUAGCCCGCAACAGCAAGAAGAGGCCAGCCAGUCCUUCCCACAAUGGCAGCAGCAGCGGCGGGUAUAGCGCCGGUAAGAAGAAGAAAGUGUCCGCCUCCAGCUUUGCACAGGGUAUCAACAUGGAAGCCAUGAGUGAGAAUAAAAUGAUGCCCUCUGAUUUUAGCACAGGACCCAUGGAAAAAACUUCCAAACCUUUACCAUUUAAGGAUCCCAACUUUGUGCAUUCUGGCCAUGGUGGUGCAGUAGCUGGCAAGAAGAAUAGAACCUGGAAGAACCUGAAACAAAUUCUCGCUUCUGAAAGGGCAUUACCGUGGCAACUAAACGAUCCUAACUACUUCAGUAUUGAUGCUCCUCCAUCCUUCAAACCAGCUAAGAAGUAUUCUGAUGUUUCAGGUCUUCUUGCCAACUACACCGACCCGCAGAGCAAGCUGCGGUUCAGCACCAUCGAGGAGUUUUCCUACAUUCGGAGGCUGCCAUCCGAUGUUGUCACCGGCUACCUGGCCCUGAGAAAGGCCACAAGCAUCGUCCCCUGAGCCUUGACAAGUGGCGAUGAAGUGGAAAACUACUUCAAAGCUAGACGUUGGGCUCACAGUUUCGUUUCAUGGAAACAUACUCAUUCUGCUGUCAAUCUGGAAAUGUCAGUGCUGUGCCUUGGAAAGAAUGUUUGGCUUUCAGGGUUUUUUUUCUAUGUUUUUCCUCCAAGUGUGAUAUUUCCUGUUGAGUUAAGUUAUAUUUCAUUUGUUGCCUAAAGUAAAGUCAUUUGACAAGAAAA